CGGUGUGUGCGUGCGCGCAUGCGUGCGCGCGUGCGCGCCGCCGUCGUCUGGGGGUUGGCUGGUUAUUUUGCAAGCGGGAGGGGCUGUGCGCGCUCUUGCCUCAGGCCUCUGUCCCCCACCCCCUUCGCCGGUACCGGGCUCUUCUUCGGAAAGAUGUCGGACACCGCAGUGGCUGACACUAGGCGCCUUAACUCGAAGCCCCAAGACCUGACCGACGCUUACGGGCCGCCCAGUAACUUCCUGGAGAUAGACAUCUUUAAUCCACAGACGGUGGGCGUGGGCCGCGCGCGCUUCACCACCUAUGAGGUUCGCAUGCGGACAAACCUACCCAUCUUCAAGCUGAAAGAAUCCUGUGUACGGCGACGCUAUAGUGACUUUGAGUGGCUGAAAAAUGAGCUGGAGCGAGAUAGUAAGAUCGUAGUACCACCACUGCCUGGGAAAGCCUUGAAGCGGCAGCUCCCUUUCCGAGGAGAUGAAGGGAUCUUUGAGGAGUCUUUCAUUGAAGAAAGGAGGCAAGGCCUCGAACAGUUUAUUAACAAAAUUGCUGGGCACCCACUGGCUCAGAAUGAACGCUGUCUACACAUGUUCCUGCAGGAGGAGGCAAUUGAUAGGAACUACGUCCCUGGGAAGGUGCGCCAGUAGGAGUCCCUCUCACCACUUGCCCUCUACUUUUCCUGCUGAAAUGACAUUGGUUUUUACACUAAGCCUCUCUCUCUUUUUGAUCUGAAGUUGGCUACCCAUCCCCUGGCUUGAUAGACCGUCCUGCAUUGUGCCCCUUGGUACCAGACUACACCGUGUGGGCGCUCUGCUAGUAUCUCUUCUCUGAAGAGAGGUCCUUGGGGAAAAGGAUUGCUGAGUCUGGUGUGACCCUGGUCAGAGAGAUCAGGAUUAGAUUUUGACAGGGGACUUGGAACCCACCUCAGUGUUGAAGAUCCUUGAGAUAGAUUAGCUCUCUAGCUGCUGAGCCCAUGCUGGUAGCUGAGUAGCCCCUUUCCCACCUCGCCAGUGUCGGUGUCCUUGCUGCCUUUUGAUUUUUAUCCUCUGUUACAGAUUUUUUUUUUAAAGAUUUCUCCUUUCAUUGUGCACAAGUGCUGAGACUCUGAGGCUCCAUUUCUUCUGUGUAUAUAUCCUGACUUGGGGCUUUUAUUCAGCAAAUUGUUCAUUCUUCUGUCAGACAAUGUCAUAUUCAACUCUGUUCAUAUUAAACCACUGUGAAGCAAGCCUCCGUUUUUCUCCUUAAGUGUAAAUGUAUUAUUUCCUAGUGCUGAGUACAUGCUGGAUAUUGUGUAGAACUCAUCUAACAUGGCCAUUGUCCUGGGGUGAUGAGUAAGCUUUGAGUUUAUAUUACAUUACAGAACAGCAGAAUCUAGACUGCUUAUAGUAGUUUACCUAUGGUUUCUUGUAACUUACAACUGACUUUGUCACAUAGAUAAUGCAUCUCCUUCCAGAAAGUAGCCAUAUAAUUCCUGUGGUUUAGGGCAGAUUUAGCAGAUUUGAUUCUUAUGUUUCUGGAAUUCUUAUAUUUGACUUGAAUGUAUUUAUAUUACCUGUGUUUAUAUAUAUGCAUAUGCAAUGUGUACAUAAACAUAUACAUAUAGACCCAUCCGCUGAUACAUCCAUAUAUCAUCAACAAUUUCUUUCAUUGCCCUUUUGACUCAUUUGAUGCUUCAUUGUAUUGUUUUUCAAAAAGAUUUGAUGCAGACAGAAAGGUGCAUGAAAUCCUGAUAAGUUCUGAUGGGUAUUUUCAUCUGACUAAUAUGGUCAUGAACAGGGUAGGUUCCUUGAAUGGUUGGAAUGAGGGAGGUAGGAAUCUUGUCAUUUGGUAAAUUAAAGAGUUUUAGAGCUGGACAUGAUAGCACCGUUUGUAACCCCAGGAGCAUCAGGAGUUCAAGGCCAGCCUUCAUUUCAUGAUUAAUUUGAAGUCAACCUGGUCAAUAUGGGACCUCAUCCUCCUAGAAAACCUACUUUUAAUUUAAUUUAAAAUGGAACAGUGGUAUCGAAAAAUGAAAACAAUGGCAUAGAAAAUGUUCAAAAGAUGAGGACAUUACAGAGACUUAAGAGUGAUACGUGGUUUUAAAUAGAAGAGCCAGCUGAAUUAAAGAGGUUAAAGGAUUUUUGAUCAUUAGAGAAUGAGUUGAGUGAAGAUAUCUGGGAGGGUAGGAAGACUAAGUGUUUCUGUGAAAUAAAGGGAAAGAGUGAUCAAGAGAGCCAGCCUUUGUGCGCAGCAGUAUUGCAGAAGGGACUGGAGAAUAACUAGAGAAAUUGGUAAUAAAAUAAAGUACCAUUCUUAUUUUAGAUAGACAGUACUCAGCUCCCUUAGACACGUGUAGGGUAGGGGAGUCAGAGUACAAGUAAGAUGAGUGAGUAUGUUGUAUUUCUCACAGAAAUUCAAGAGCUUUCUAUACAAGACAAAAAGAGAUAAAGGGGGAAGGCAUAUCUACUUAUUCCCCCUUCUCCCUUAUUCUUUUGUUUGAGACAAGGUUUCACUUUUGUAGCCCAUGCUGGCCUGGAACUUGCUCAGGGAAGCUUCAAAUUUGUGAUUGUUCUGUCUCUGCCUUCUGGGUGUUAUGAAUGUAUGGGUGAUUUCCUUUUAUUUAUUAACUUUAAUAUCCACCAAGUUCAAUUUCCUCUUUUUGGAGGAAAAUGGGCCAUUUAAAACACAGCCUUGCUGGGCAGUGGUGGUGCACGCCUUUAAUCCCAGCACUUGGGAGGCAGAGGCAGGUGGAUUUCUGAGUUUGAGGCCAGCCUGGUCUACAGAGUGAGUUCCAAGACAGCCAGGGCUACAUAGAGAAACUCUGUUUCAAAAAACCAAAACAAACAAAACAACCAACCCCCCCAAAACAAACAAGCAAACAAACAAACCACACAGCCUUUAGGUCCUAUAAGAACUUUAAACCCAAGUCCUCUUACCUAUCUAUACUGAGGCAAGGCAUAGUUUUUUUUUUAAACAGGGAAUUCAAAAUUAUACACAUAUUUGAGUGCUUGCUACUAAUGAAUUUCCCCCUCUUUUACCACUUAGCCCAGAGAGAUUGAACCUUAUCUAGGAGGCAGAGGCUAACAACAAAUUUUAUACAAAACUAGACCUAAAAGAAGUCUACAUCUUCACAUUCCAAAGAUGCCUUACCUACCCUUUGACCUAUUGGAAAUGAGGGUUCAGCUAGUAAAGGUGGGAAAGGUGACCAACAGGCUUCGCAUGCGUUUUUGUAUGGUACGUCGCCUAGGUGAGACACUUCUGUGUUGAAAUACUUGCUGUAAGAAUGUAAACCAAAUCACCUGCUGUGGAAGUUUAACCAGCUGCUCACUGCAAUGGGUAUUUCUUCAUGUCCUUGAGCACUGUUCAGUCACUCCUGAUACUCUCUUAGGCACAAGAAACAUUCUAAUUUCCCCUUAUUUGGUCUUUUAACCCUUUUAUCUUUAUAAUUGUGAAGUUUCUCCAAAGUCUUCACAUGAGGGGGUUUGAAACUGAGUACUCCUUUAAUUGUAGUCUAAAGGUUAGGUGCUUCUUACUCCAGUUCUAUACAUCAUAGUAAUUAAGCUGUUUUUGAGAUGGGUCAGGUAGCUGAGACUGCUUUUGAGUUUGCUAUGUAGUUGAGUAUCUCCUGAUCUUCUACUUCUACUCGCAAAUGCUGGCUUUAAAUGCUGUGCUACUAUGCCUGGCUUUUUUAUUUUAUUUUUUUAGGCAGGGUCUCACCCUGUACCUCAAAGUGACUUAGAAGUCUAGAACUUACUAUUUACCUAGGCUAGCCUCAAACGCAUGGGUGAUCCUCUUGCCUUAGUCUCCUGAAUGUUGGAAUUGUAGGAAUAAGUCACCGUGCCCAACCUCAAGAUUACUUUUGAUUUAUAAACUCUUAUGAAUACUUUAAUUUAGUUUGUGGUUUUCUGCUUCUCCCUUUCUGACCACCCACCAUUUAUCUUUCCUUUUUUCCUUGUCAAUACAACAGUUUGCCUUCUUAAUUUUAUUUUUAGAUUUAUAUUAUUUUCCUUCUCUGUGUGUGUGUGCGCGCACGCACAAGCGCACGUGGUCUGUCUAUGUAUUUUUGUCUGUGGUGUUUUUUUUUCUGGAUACUUACAUAAAAUAUACAAAUAGGAGUAAUUAUCAAUAUCACAAAAGGAUUCUUUUAACCCUUUGGGGGCUCUUUUAAAUAAGUGGUUUAUAUGGUAGCCAUAUUUAUUUACUUGUCUGUUUUUGAUGGUCUUACUCUAACCCCCGCUAGCCUCAAACUCAUUAUGUAGCCCAGACUGCUGAGUAUUCUCUGGCUUAGCCUAUUGAGUGCUCCCAUUUACUGGUGUAUGCCAUGAUACUUUGCUCUUCUCCAGCGUUUUCACAUGCUUGUAUGUAGAUUAUAAAUUCCUUUACCUGGCCGGGCAGUGGUGGCACACACCUUUAAUCCCAGCAUUUGGGAGGCAGAGACAGGCAGAUUUCUGAGUUCAAGGCCAGCCUGGUCUACAGAGUUCCAGGACAGCCAGGGCUACAAAGAGAAACCUUGUUUCGAAACAAAACAAAACAAAAAUUCCUUUACCUGGAAAAACUGAAGGUAAAAGGUUAAGAUUGUUAACAGGAACUGUCAGUUAGACAUAGAUAAAAAAAUCCGAAGAGGAAUAGAUAGAGAGAUGGCAUCUCCAGUGCAUCUGAUGCCCUUUUCUGACCUCCAUGGACACCAGGCAUAGAUAGGCAAAGUAUUCACAUGAAAGAAAAGAAAUAAAUCUUUAGGCUGGAGAGAUGGCUCAGUAGUAAGAGCAUGGCUGCUCUUCCAGAGGUCCCUGGUUUAAGUCCAGCAUCCAUUGUCAGCUUACAACCAUCUGUAACCCCAGUCCCAGGGAUCCUCUUCUGGCCUCCAUUGUCACUGCAUUCACAUGGUGCAGUAUACUCACAACAGCAAAUAGAAACACAGUAUAAAUAAAUCUUUAAAAAAAAUGUUAAGGAAACCAUAGCUCUUAACAAAGGAAUACAUUCGUAGAAUUGUAAAAGAUUUUUCUUUCCUUGUGCAUUCUCUAAAACUGGUGUAUCCUAGAGCUCCCUUCCGUCUUCCUCUGACUUCAUGUAUGUGUAGGAACAUUCACACACACAUUGUUUAAAAAAUACAACAUUGUUUUACUACUAUGUAAAUUAGUAUAUCAUGCAAUGUAUUACAUAUUUCUUUUUGCAUUUAUAUGUGGACAUUUACCUCAUUUAGAAAAUGAAAAGAAAAUAAUGGGAUAGCAUUCAAUAGUAUAGUUUUACUACAGUUUAACAAUUCACCUAUUGAUGGAAACUUGCCUCUAAUCAUUCCGUGUUAUAAAUACUGCAUUUAAUCUUAAUCCUGUGUCUAAGUAGUUCUGUGGGAUAGAGAGAAGGAAUUGCUGACUCGAAGAGUGAGUGCAGUUUGUACUUUGAUAACUACUGCUAAAUUACUGUUUUCUCCCACUCCCCUUUUUUGAAAUAGAGUUUCUCUUUGUAUCCCUAGCUGGCCUGGAACUCACUGAGAUCCACCUACUUCCCACUUGCUUGGUUUUAAAGAUGUGGGCCACCAAGCUGGCUAAAUUACUUUCUUUAUAAGGGUGUAGUUUAGACCCCUAAUAAUAUCAAAUAACUGUAUCUGCAGCUCCCCUCCAAUGAGGAAAUUCAUGUUUCCCUACAAGAAGUUUCCCAGCCAGGCGAUGGUGGUGCAUGCCUUUAAUCCCAGCACUUGGGAGGCAGAGGCAGGUGGAUUUCUGAGUUUGAGGCCAGCCUGGUAUACAGAGAGAGUUCCAGGACAGCCAUUGCUAUACAGAGAAACCCUGUCUCAAAAAAACAAAAACAAACAAAAAAGUUUCCCUGCUAAUGGUACAAAUUAAAAUAACAUACAAUUACCAAAAUUAUUUUAAAAUGUCAUUUUCAGUAAUUGUAAUUUGUAUUUCUUGAUGCAUUUAGUUCUAAUAAUACCAACUCUUAUGCUAUGGGUUUAACAAGUUUCCCCACACAUUUAAUUUUGGUCAUUCUAGAAGUAUUAUCUUUCUGUCAGUUAGUUAAGGUUCUUAACCACUAUUUAGCUAUCAUUUUUAAGCUAAUGGCCCUGAAUAUUUCUAUUUUUUUUCCAUUUGCCUUAGGGAGACAGCAAAGUGAAUUAGUCCAUUGGUAUAUGAGGUAUUCUCAAGACCAGUUCCAUCUUAGAUUAGCACUACUUGAAGCCAAGCCCAGAGCAACUCCCAUGGACCCACAUGGAGAUAGAAUUUGCUUCUUGGGUCCCUGCGGAAUCCAGCUUGGACCUCUUCUUUUGUUAUUUUUCUUAGACCUAAACCUUAAAUUCUAGGAAGGGACCAUAUAAGGAUGGUGGUGGGGGUAGGAGAGGACUGAAAACAACAUGUUGAUUUAAAUAGCCAAAUUACAAGAUCCCGCUCCUCUGGUUGGCAGUUUGUAUGCCAUGGAAAGCACAUUCCUCCGUCAUCUAAUUGGUCUCUUAAUGGAGAGAUGAGCCACAGGAAGCAGCUGCUAUGAAAAACCAAUGGGACCGCUGUGGUGAUGCUUUUGAAAGUGAAGGCCUGCCUACCUGGCUCCUGUGGCUGAAUUAGUAACUGCUUGCCCCCGACCUAUACACACUCCAUAGUUUCACAUUUUACAUGUGUCUCAGAGUUAUUGUCCAUUAUGACACAGUUGACUCAGGUCAUAGGUUUUAUGGCUUGCCUUCCUUCCUUCCUUCCUCCUUCCUUCCUUCCUUCCUUCCUUCCUUCCUUCCUUCCUUCCUUCCUUCCUUCCUUCCUUCCUUUCUUUCUUUCUUUCUUUCUUUCUUUCUUUCUUUCUUUCUUUUUGGAGACAGGGUUUCUCUGUAGCCCUGGCUGUCCUGGAACUCACUCUGUAGACCAGGCUGGCCUCGAACUCAGAAAUUCGCCUGCCUCUGCCUCCCAAGUGCUGGGAUUAAAGGUGUGUCCUUUCUUAAACUGUACAUCUUCCAUCAAGGCCAGCAUGGAGCUCUCCUUUUUGUUUGGUUCCUGAGGUCCUGGGUCUAAGCAAUGGAUUGUUUUCUGGAAUGUUUACCUUCCUUGCUGCAACAUCACAGGAUUCACAAUGAAAGCAGGCAAGGUCACAAAAGCUGGAGAUUGAAGAUCUGUGUACUAAGUCCAUUGGAAGAACAGAUAUCUGACCUAGAAAGUUUGUCCAUUCCUGUGCUACCAUUUCAGCCAGUCCCCUGUCAUCUGCUUUUAUUCUUUGCACCUUUAUAUACAUACCAAUUUACCAUAGGAAAUCCAUUGUGUUGUGUUUUUAUUUCUACAAAUUUACCAUUCAGUGUUUUGGAAAUGUUUUUACUUAGUAGAUUUAUUAAAUGUGACACAGUAUAUAUGA